GGUGGGACUUGGACCAGCCACGUUGCUCCUAAGGGAAUACGGCACAGUACAAAUGACCAGGGUAGAGACUGCAACCAGAAGGGGAAACCAGGACCCCAAGACGGUGUCUUUAACUUUGAGAGACAUUUGCGGACUGAACGAAGAUUUUUUUCUUAUUUUCUAUCAGAACCAAGCCCAUUGAUUGAUUGAAUUGUGAUAUAAACUUUUGCUAAAUCACCUAGGUUGUGGGGCUGUAGUUGAACUUACUAUACUCCUGCCUCAGCCUCCCAGAGUGUUUGAGUACAAGCAUGUACCACCAUGUCCAGUCUGGGAAGACCCUUUUUAUAUAAACUGAUUGCAUACUUGCAGGCUUUGGGAUCCAAUUCCAAGCAACAAAUAGAAUUUGUGAGUCAUACACAGCACUCAGAGUUUGUCUGGGUCUGGUAAUAUCAGUAGAGUGUGGUGCUUGCUGGAAGACAAUGGUAGUGCACACCUUUUGGCAAUUAAAGGUAGUGCUUUUAGUCCCACCCAACAGAAACUUAAUGGAAGAAUGGAGAAUAGGACCACAGAAAGAACUGAUUUCAUGCAGUGCCCAUUCUGGAAAACCAUCUUUCACCACCUAAAUUCAGAAGAAAGAAAAAUACAAAAGCCCCUAUCAACCGAAGAGGCAUUUCUAGGGAAAAAGUGAAGAUCUAGAAAUAGUGGAAAGAGUAAUACCUGUCUCCUUCCCUGUCUCUGCAAGGGAUUGCUUUAUAUUUAGGAUAGACAAAAAUCAUAUACACUGGGUAUAUGAAAAUCAAACAUGGCAGUUUGAGCAAGUAAAGACUAUGCCUACCAAGAAAUCUGUGAUCACCUUCUAUGUGAAAUGAGUGAUUCUGAGUAGACUUAGACAUUCACUGGUUAUGUUAUGCAUAUUAUGGAUAUACUGUGUCAUCAAGGAUUUCAAACACGCAUCUAAACUGUCUAACACACCCUCCCUUAGUACAUCUCAUCAUUAGUACAUCUCAUCAGUUAUUAAUACAUCUCAUUAUCAAUGAUUUUAGGUGGGACAUAGUCAUUUUAUUUUACCCAUCUUAAAUUUUUGCUGUCUUACAGUGGGCUUGACUUACAUGUAUCUGGCCCUUCUAGAGUUUUGCAUGAUUUAUACAGUUGCUUCAUUAAGCAUGUGAGUUUUUAUCCCUGUGUUCUAAUGUUUGGAAUUUUUUGUAGCCAUUUUUAGGCAAGAUAAAAUUAUUUGAAAAUAAGUUUGAACUGCUAUGUCAGUCAUUUAGAUGAGAUCUUUUAAUAUGGGCUAGCAACUGAUAAUCUUCGCAGUUGCCUAAAAUAAUUUUAAAAUGCUAAUUGCUCAUUCUGGACAUCAUAAUAGUAUUAAAAUAUGAAUGAUUUAGAAUGUGCAAAUUAACUUUGCCUUUUAUCAUAAUUUCUGAGUUGCUAACAAUUAGACAGAUCAACUUAAUUUUAGUAUAAUGCAUGUUUAUUUUUGCAGUGUGCUUAAGCUUAAAAUUUAGAUAAAUGUUUCAGCUAAAUACUUCAUUGUAAUCACAUAUCUGUUGUUUAAAAAUAUAUUGUCACUAGGUAACUGCUCCUUGAUUGAGUACCAUUCUACCCAUAAGAUAUCUACUAUCCUAUUUCAAAUAAAUAGCAUAGUUUUAUUGAGUAUAGGAGAUAAAAAUAUAUUGGAAUUGUUCCUGCAAAGAUUGGUUUUUGUUUUUCCUUAGAGUUGCAUUAUGAUGUACAUGUUGAGUUUUGUGCAUUAGAGUUCUAGCUGUUGCCAAGCAACAAGAGUUCUGGUUUUCUUUUUCUGUUCUGUUGCUGCUCUUAUCUUUCCUUUGGUGGUUCAAAAAAAAACUUUUUAUCUUAAAAAAUACUACUUUACCAAUAUUUUAGAAAGCUGAAUCAAUAAUUUAAUGCUACAUUAGCUUUGGUCUUCAAUUGUUAGAAAUACAGGAGUUUGUAUAGUGAUAGUUAAAGAGCAAACAAGUAUCAGAGCAACAUAAUUUACCGACCUCGAAAAUUACAAAGAGAAAGGCCAUGGACAUGGAAAUGCAGUACAAAUCUGGAAAGAUAAGUAUACCUGAGAGGUUCAUCUUUUCAGGAAAGAAGACGGUUGAGAACAGGGAUUACCCACGCUACUGUGAUCUCUUAAGAAAAAUGAACAUGCCUUUUGUGAAAGGGGUUGAGGACAGACAUGACUUUGGCAGAUUUGAGAAGAAAGGCAACCCUGCUUUUCUUAAGUUUCAUCCUUAUCCCCCGUCGGUACUGCCAGACUAUCACUUGCAUCACCCUUAUCCACCUCCGUUUGGCCCAAAUUACGCAUUAUCUCCACUUCGGGAUGAUACACCCUUGGGGGACCCUUGUUCAAGCCUCAUGAGUCCUGGUGGUGAUGCGGACUUAAAACCUGGCAUUGGCAGAGCUAUACCCAACCUGGGGAGUUUCAAUGAUGUGAAACCUCAACACAGAGUUCCUAGACCAGACACAGGCUUUCAAUCAACAAUCAAAAGGCAAACAAUACUGUUACAAGAGCUGCAACAGGACAGAAGAUGGAAUUCCAGGAAAGUACUUGACAUUUCCAUCAGAGCAAGACUUGGAGGAUGGACCAGCCCAGUGAGAGUGACUCCCUCGCAAACCCAUCAGGAGCAGAGCUCCAUAAGCCGCAGGAAUGUGUUGGAAGAGGAGGAAGCACAUGUGGAUGACGGUGAGCCACUUGUACCAUCAAACAAAGAGUAUAAUGUGAAGGACUCAGUUUACAAGUCUUCCACACAAAAAGCUUACGAAGCUGUCCCUUGGGAUAAGAUGCUGCCACCAAAACUUGAUCCAGAGGAAACAACGGUAGAAAAAGCUGCUGACCUGGUCUCUCAGAGUUGCACCCUGAAAAGAUAUGAGAGCGCACCCGCAAUCACCCAGAUGGUCAGUGGACUCUGGGACAGAUUUCAGACACGACGGUUCUCCGCACCUGCCAAGCCCAUCAGUUUUGUGAACCCGAGUUCUAGAAGUAAAUACAUCCCUCUCUACAGUGGCCACCUGCCAGCAGCCGACUCCGAUGCCUUGGACGACCCCUGCGGAGACAUCAUGGCCUUGCCCCAGCCUCGGCGGUCGAAACCUCUGUACACAAACACCAGUCGGGCUGCAAAUAUUCCGGGAUAUACUGGCAAGGUUCAUUUCAUGGCUACCCAGCCAGCAAAUUCUAAUAUUCCAUCAACAAGCCCAUCCCCCAACUCGGAGCUGCACCGCACCUUACGGAAAGAAAUGAGAGUUGACCUCUUCCGUCACCAGGGGCCACUGUCCCGGAUGGUCACAACUGUGAGACCCUACAACCCCUUCAACAGGAAGGAAAAAGAGACUGUACUCUUCUGAAAGAGACCACGCCCCAGUGUGCACAGUGUAAUGGGGAAUAAAAGAUCCAGAAUGCC